ACACGGUACAUACAUAUUAACAGGGUUAUGUGAGUUUGCUGAUGAAAGACGUGAAUAACAUAUAAAAUUUAAUUUUAUAUAACACAUCAAAGCAACUUCAGAGAUCUAAUCAUUUUAUAGAUAUUCCGAAUCUUUAAUUUCCGUAUUAUAAGUAAAUCAAUCAAUUCUUAAAGUUCUGUAUCAAUUCCGUAAAAUUUACGAAUUAGUAGUGUUUAUAUGUCCAAGUUAGUAAAUCAAUGUCAUCCGGAAAGAUAUAUUUAUAGUGGUUUAAUAUUGAACCAUCAAAACAAAGUAGAAUUUGACAUUUAUUUAAGUACGUAAUUAUUGUUAUUCGAGUUUGUGAAGUAACGACAAUGAUGGAGUUGAGUCAUAGUUUAACAUUAAAUGAGGAUGCAUUAAAUCAAAUUCCUGAAGCCAAACGACCAGUCUUUGUAUUUGAAUGGUUACGAUUUUUAGAUAAAGUUUUAGUCGCCGCACAAAAAAAUGACAUCAAAGGUUGUCAACAAAAAUUAGUCGAACAAUUAAGCAGACAUAUGCAAAGUGCACCAGGUCCACCAACACGAAGACUAAUAGCUCGAUGUCUUGCAACAUUGUUUAGUGUUGGAGAUACAUUUCUGCUAUUUGACACCGUAAACAAAUGUAAUGACAUCUUAAAAAAUAAAGAUGAUUCUCCAAGUUUUCUUCCUACAAAAUUAGCUGCUAUAUGUUGUGUUGGAGCUAUGUACGAAAAAUUAGGACGUAUGAUGGGUAGAUCGUAUGAAGAAACAGUUCAAAUUCUUAUAAAAUCACUACGAUCAGCUGAAUCUCAAGUAAGGAUUGAAAUAAUGCAUACAUUAGAAAAAGUAUGUGCUGGUAUGGGUUCAGCAAUAAUAAAUGUGCAUAAAGAAAUAUCUAAAGUGGCUCGAAGUUAUCUAAUAGACAGAUCAAUGGCUGUUAGAUGUUCUGCCGCAAAAUGUCUUUUGGAAAUGCUAAAUCACGCUCCGUUUCUUUAUACUAAUGAAAUUGAGGCUAUGGCAACAUUAUGCUUUCGAGCAUUUGAAGGUUCUAAUUAUGAAGUACGGUGUUCUGUGGCUAAAUUAUUAGGUACUUUAUGUGCAAUGACACAGCUUCCAGCUCCAAAGCCAAAAAAUCCAAUGACUUCUCAAGCUAAAAAUAGUAAAUCGAUAUCACUUGAGGAAGUUUUAAAUUUAUUAAUGGGCGGAUUUCCGCGAGGUGGAGUUGGAUUUCUGAAAGGAACUGGAGAAAUUAUAAAAGGCAAUUCAAGUGUUAAUAAAGAAAUUCGUGUUGGCGUGACACAUGCUUACGUUAUUUUCGUACAAAUAUUAGGCGGAACAUGGUUGGAAAGAAAUAUUGGAGUAUUUGUUGUACAUGUCCUUGAUCUUGUAGCAAAUUCAAAAGCUGCAAAUUCUCAUAUAGAUGCUGUUUAUUGUAGAAAGUGUAUCAAUUUUAUUCUUCGAGGUACUGUCGGAAAACUUUUAGGAGAAGGAGCUCAAGCAGCAGCGUGUAAAGAAAUAGCUCAUAUUAUUUUAAAGGAAAUGAACUCUAUUGAUUUUAAUCCGGAAAACGCUAAAGACUUUAAUCAAGAAACACUCUACAGUCAACAUUUAUUGGUUUGUGCAUUACAAGAAAUAGGUAAUUUAAUCCUCAGUCUUGGAACAACGGCAUCAAAUUUAAUCACAGAUCAAUCUCUGUGUCUUAUUGAUACAAUAAUGGCAGUGUUAGUCCAUCCAUGUCUAGCAGCACGAUUAGCAGCCUCAUGGUGUCUUCGUUGUAUUUGUGUUGCUGUACCAAGUCAAAUUACACCGUUGAUUGAUAAAUGCAUUGACGGUAUUGAAAAUAUGAGAAGUUCACCGGAGGCUAUUGCUGGAUACAGUAGUGCUCUUGCUGCAGUAUUAGGUAGUGUGAGAUUAUCUCCAUUAGGAGUACCUCAUACUAAAGGAAAAAUUAUAUUCAACACUGCUGAAGAGUUAUUAAGAUGUGCUGCUCAAAAUAGCCGAUUAUCUCUUAAUAGAACUCAAGCUGGUUGGUUAUUGAUUGGAGCUAUUAUGACUUUAGGCACUGCUGUUGUUAAAGGCUUACUACCAAGGAUGCUUUUAUUAUGGCGAAAUGUUUUUCCGAGAUCUGCUAAGGAAUUGGAAAGUGAGAAAGCUCGAGGAGAUGAGUUUACUUGGCAUGUUACUUUGGAAGGUCGUGCAGGUGCACUUUCAGCUAUGUACAGUUUUUUAUUACACUGUCCUGAACUAGUAAAUGAUGAUAUUAUUCGUAGACUACUUACACCAAUAGAAUCUGCACUUGCAAUGCUUAUUAACAUUUCACCAGUUAUAAAAAAUUAUAGUCAACUAAAAGUACCAUCAGCAAUGGUUCGUCUUCGAUUAUAUGAAACAUUAUUACUCUUACCACCCCAAACCUUUGAGGGUUCAUACACUCAUUUACUUAGAAUGUUGGUUUCCGAAUUUACAUUAGCAGAAAAUUCAGGAAACACUACAACAUCACUACUACGGAUCGUGUGUCAUGCCAGCGAUUCUGUAAUUUUAGGAACUUGGCUUCAAGAAACAGAACAUCGUACCAUUGAAGAUCAGAUGGAACCUAAUCGAAGAGCAGAUGUAGAACACUUACAGCCUAACAGCGCUGCCGGUUCUGGAGCUCUCGAACACAAUAUAUGUUCUUUAUAUCGGCCUGUAUCACCUAAUGAAACAAUUCCUGGGCCACUUCCACUUGGCGUUGCAGUGAUUGAUUCAUCAGUAUCAUUAUUUGGCCAAAUAUUUCCUCGAGUUGCUAAUAAGCAUCGUUUACAAAUGUUAGAUCAUUUUGGAGAAUGUAUCAAGCAUGCUAAAUCUAGCCGCCAAGAAGCUAUACAAAUGAAUGUAUUUACAGCAGUGUUAAGUGGUUUGAAAGGGCUUAACGAAACAAAAACUGGAUUUGGACAAGAAGAUGUCAAGAAAUCAGCAACAAAUUUAAUUGUCGGUACACUCGUUAGCAAUAAUUCAAUUUUACGAUGGGCGGCUGGGGAAGCCGUUGGACGUAUGGCUCAAGUAAUUUCAGACCCAAAAUACACAGCAAAAUUAGCUCAAAUGAGUUUCGAUCGUUUAAAAUCUGCCCGAGAUGUUGUUACUAGAACUGGCCACUCCUUAGCAUUAGGUUGCUUACAUAGAUACGUAGGAGGAAUGGGAUCAAGUCAACAUCUAAAUACUAGUGUUAGUAUUCUUCUCGCUCUUGCUCAAGAUAAUACAUCUCCAGUAGUCCAGGUAUGGGCUUUACACGCUUUAGCACUUAUUGCAGACUCUGGAGGCCCAAUGUUUCGCGGUUAUGUUGAGCCUACUUUGUCUUUAAUAUUGAUGUUAUUAUUAAAUGUGUCACAUUCACAUAUCGAUGUUCAUCAAUGCAUUGGAAAAGUUUUGUCUGCUUUAAUAACAACUAUCGGGCCUGAACUUCAAGGCAAUACAUCAUCUAUUUGUACAGCUCGACAAUCUUUUCUUUGUGCUUGUGCAAUAAUGCAAGAUCAUCAAGAUCCUUUAGUUCAAGCAGAGGCAACUGGAUGUCUUCAACAGUUGCACUUAUUUGCCCCACGUCAUGUAAAUUUAUCUUCUCUUGUGCCAACUUUAUGCCGUACAUUAUCAAGCAAUCAUUUACUCCUUCGUAAAGCAGCAAUAUCGUGUUUGAGACAACUUGCUCAGCGAGAAGCUAAGGAAGUAUGUGAACACGCGAUGAGUUUAGCAAACGAAAGUAGAGAUACAAAUAUUGUUGAAGGUUUAACAAUAACCGAGACAGGUCUUCCGGGAGUUCUUUUUAGUUUACUAGACAUUGAAACUGAUAGUGGACUCAUUAAAGAUAUACACGAUAUUUUAACAAGUAUGCUACAAAUGUUAGCGGCUAAUAAUCUCUCUCUUUGGAUAGCUCUUUGCAAAGACGUACUUACAGUAGCAUCAGAAGCUAGUACAUGUGAAGAAAUAUCAAUAAUAUCUAAUGAAGAUAGCCUUGUAGGUAAUGACAGUGCUGAUGCAGAAGGUGAUGAUGACCAAGCGGAGUUUCAUGCCGAUGAAUCUAAAUUGCGCCCUAGUGUAUCUCCAAGGUGGCCAACGCGUGUUUUUGCUGCUCAGUGUGUCCGUCGUAUUAUAACCACUUGUAUAAAUAAUAAUAAUAAACAAGCACAUUUCGACUUAUCAGUCGCUAAAGAAUUUCAGCAAGUAAAAGGUCGAGGUGAUUAUCUAGUUUUACAUCUAUCUGAUCUUGUACGAAUGGCUUUUAUUGCUGCAACAAGUGAUUGUGAUCCAUUACGUUUGGAGGGAUUGAAAACUCUUCAAGAAAUUAUUGAAAAGUUUGCUAAAGUACCUGAACCUGAAUUCCCGGGACAUUUACUUCUAGAGCAAUUUCAGGCGCAAGUAGGAGCUGCUUUAAGACCAGCAUUUUCUCCAGAGACACCAUCUCAUGUAACCGCUGCCGCUUGUGAAGCUUGUAGUGCUUGGAUAGGCAGUGGAGUAGCUCGGGAUCUUAAUGAUCUUCGACGUGUUCACCAAUUGCUUGUUUCAUCAUUAGAAAAACUACGUGAUGGCCAUACACGUCCGCAGUUAUAUAAUGAAAGUCUUCUAACUUUAGAAAGAUUGGCUAUUCUUAAAGCAUGGGCUGAAGUAUAUGUUGUAGCGAUGAUAAACAACGGUUCUACUCCAAAUAUACGUAAUUCAUCGUUAAGAAAUAUUAGUAAAACAGAAAAUACAGAUAAUGAUGAUUUUGGUCAAUUUGAAUUUCAAAAUGAGAGUCUCUUGAGUUUAGUACAACCUGAAUUAUUGAGUUUAAGUCAAUAUUGGCUUGCAGCAUUACGUGAUCAUGCUUUACUCUUAUUACCACCAGAAUUUGCAAGUCAAUUACCUCACGAAGGAGGUGCAUUUUACACAACAGAUACAAUGGAAUCUGCAAGGCCUUAUUAUAUUAAAUCAUGGUCACCUAUUCUUCAUGCUGCUGCUUUGUGGUUAAAUACAAAAGGAUUUGAUUUGAAUCAAAUGACGGUCGAUAAUAUUCCAACGCCUAAUAAUAAUUGCAACAGCUACAACAACAACAACAACAACAACAAUAAUAAUAAUAAUAACAAUAAUAAUAAUAAUAACAAUGACAAUAAUAAUCCUUCAGAUAAUAAUAUUAAUAAUUCCAAAUCAAAUACUAGUAUCGAACAUUUUCAUCUUCUUUUCGGUAUUUGUAUGGAAGCACUAUGUAGUUCACGUUCUUCUGAGUCUCCACAAAAUAUAAAAAUCUGUCUCAGCGCCCUAUUUACUUUAUUAGACUCCAUGUGGGUUAGAAAAAUUUUAACUGCCGAUAUUUCACUUCCUAUUGAACUUUGUAAUGUUCUUCAUAGACUUUUAUUGACGCAAGACAACUGUAUAAUUCAAAUGAUGACAAUGGAAGUACUGAAACAAAUUGUAAAGGCUGUUGAAGAAAAUUUAGAAGAAAAAAAAUUAAUCGAAUUAAAAAAAUUGGUGCCAGCUAAUUCAGAAGCGAUAAAUCGUGAAGAAUUAGAAUUAUUGGGCGAAGGAGGAGAAACAGGAGAAUUGAAGCCAGGCAAAUCAUUCAUUUUUGCAGUUUUAGAAAUUUGUCUUUGUGUUUUAGUUCGACAAUUACCUGCUUUGAAUCCUAAUCCUGAAGGAACAACUGCUAUUCUAUUACAAAAAAGUUACGUUGCUUCUGAAGAAAAUGGAAAACUUAUUACUUUAACUCUCAGUAUUAUGGAAACUCUUCCAUCUCUUUGCUCACCUCAAGGUGCUCUAUCAAUUCUUCCAACUCUUCUUUAUUUAGCUACUGGUAUUAUACGAGAAACUGGAGUUCGAGUUGAUAAUCAAAAUACCAGAACAGCAUCGGAGGCAUCUGUUCAUGCUUCGUUACAUUGUUUGAAGAGUUUCAUCACAAAUAAAUAUUCGACGUAUACAGGAAGUCAAAAACAGUGGAUGGAAUUACUUCAAAGUGCUCUUGCUAAAAUAAUCGAUUUAGCUAAAUCAGGAAAUGAUGAGACAAAAAUGGAUGAAGUUACAAUGAUGCUUGGUAUAGCUGUUUUUGUUCUUCAUGCAGUACCAGAAGUUGUUAGCGCACCGAAUAUACAGUUUCCUUGCAUCAAUCAUUUUAGACAAGCUAUUCAGUCUACUAAUACUCUGGUGAGGUUAAAAUGUGUUCAGACAUUGAAAACAAUAUUUAUACAUCCAGAAAAAAGUAUUAGUACUCCUUAUAUCCAUACUCUUGCACCCAGAUUAGUUGAAUAUUUAUAUAGCGAUCAGAGUAAACAAGUUGAAAAUGAUCUCGAAUUGUCUUUUACUAUAGAAUGUAUUAGUACUAUUGAAGCUCUCAUUACUCUUGCUGAUUCUAAAACACGAGAGCUAAUGCAAGGUAUUCAAAUGCUGACUCUUCUUGUCCCAAUAUUGAUAAAUUAUCUGUUAGAAGAAGAUAAAUUACUACAAGGGAAUCAAUGGCAAAUAAGUUUACAUCAACAGAGUUUUCAAUGGCUAAAUAAGAUUGGUCCAAAGUAUCCUCAAGAAUUCAAAACUUUGAUGUCACAAUCCACUGAGUUAAAGACUAAGUUAGAAAAUGCAGUGCAUUUAAGCCAUCAACAAGCACAGAGACACUCAAAGCAACCAGAAACAAUAAAACCAUUGUUUACGAAAAUAGUAACUCCAUCUAUAAAAUUAAAAACUGAUUUUUCAAAUUUUAAUUAAAUUACUAAAAAAUAAAUUGAUAAAAAUAAACUCAUAGCUACUAAACACUUAUAUAGUAUUAUUUCAAUAAAUUUUAUUUAAAUGUUAGAAUUAAUUAUUGAUAAAUGUUUUGUAAAAAUAUCAACUGAAAACUAUGUGAAAUACUAUAGGCAUGUGAAUAAUAAAAAAAACUAAAAUAAUCAUGGAUUUGCAGGAUCUGUAUUAAUAAUAUGCACAUAUAAAAAAUCUGUGCAUAUAUGAUAUAUGUUAAAAACAAAAUAGAAUUGUAUAGAAUAGAUCAAGCAUAAUAAGAUGAGAAGAAAAGAAAAAAAUAUAUUAAUUUUA